ACUUCCUAUCCUUCAAAACAGAACAAUCAUCCAAUCAUGAAGUUCUCCAUCAUCGCCUCCGCCCUCCUCCUCGCUGCUAGCUCAACUUAUGCCGCUGAAUGCAGCCAAGGCUACUAUCAGUGUGGCGGCAAGUUGUGGACUGGUCCCACUUGUUGCACUGCCGGAUUCACUUGCGUAGCUGCUGAGAACAACGAGUGGUACUCCCAGUGUGUUCCUAAUGCUCAAGUAAACAACAACACUACCACCAAGGCUGCUACCACCACCAAGGCUACCACCACCACCACUAAGGCUGCCGCCACCACCACCUCCAAGGCCCCCACCACUACUACCACUACCACCUCCAAGGCCCCCGUCACCACCACUACCACCAAGGCCCCCGUCACCACCACUACCACCACCACCAAGGCCCCCACUACCACCACCACCACCACCAAGGCCGCCGCCACUACCCCCGCUGCCAGCACCGGUUACAGCCCCAUCUCCGGUGGCUUCUCUGGAAACGGUCACACUACCCGCUACUGGGAUUGCUGCAAGCCCUCCUGCGCCUGGGAUGGAAAGGCCUCCGUCACUAAGCCCGUUCUCACCUGUGCCAAGGACGGUGUGAGCCGUCUCGGUGCCGAUGUUCAGAGUGGUUGCGUUGGUGGCCAGGCUUACAUGUGCAAUGACAACCAGCCCUGGGUUAUCAACGACAACCUUUCCUACGGUUUCGCUGCUGCCAGUCUUGGCAGCGCCGGUGCCUCCGCUUUCUGCUGCGGCUGUUACGAGCUCACCUUCACCAACACUGCUGUUUCCGGCAAGAAGUUUGUCGUCCAGGUUACCAACACCGGUGACGAUCUUACCACCAACCACUUCGAUUUGCAGAUGCCCGGCGGUGGUGUCGGUUACUUCAACGGUUGCCAGUCCCAGUGGAACACCAACACCGACGGCUGGGGUGCUCGCUAUGGCGGUAUCAGCUCUCUUUCUGAGUGCGACAAUCUCCCUACCCAGUUGCAGGCCGGUUGCAAGUGGAGAUUCGGCUGGUUCAAGAACGCCGACAACCCAGAUGUCACCUUCAAGGCUGUCACUUGCCCUGCUGAGAUCAUUGCCAAGACUGGCUGCCAGCGCAACUAAAGAUGACCGACUUUCUUCUUUUUUUUUGCAUAUAGAUAGGCUGAGCCUAUUACCCUACCACUGUUUGUCUUUAGCAUAUAGUCUAUCAUUUAUCAUGGAUUAGCUUAUACCAAAAUAAAAAGAUACUUUCAGUUGU